AUGUAUGUUCUCAAUGCCCGAACUCGCGUGCUUUGCUCGACAGCUCCAUAUGAAUCAGAGAUGGCACCGGCCACACAUAUUCUCGAAUGCUGCAAUGCUGACGCCAGGAAGAGCUCUGAACGGAUAGCACCACGCACAUAUUCAUACCGUGCCACAACAUGUGUUCCGUUGGAUAAGCCCAGGCCAUCAAAACGCUAUAUCCGCCUCACGAUGACAUAUUUGCGGACCGGGAUAGGCUGGAAAGUCGAAGCGCCACGAGAACAGGGCCUGGUAAAAAAAAAAAAAAAAAAACAGUUGGAACGUUCAGCAACGGCGGUAUCUCGUACCCUCAUAUAUUUUUCCAUAACAUAUUCCCCUCCUUGUCCAGCCAGUGAACCAUGCCAUAAGGAGGAAACGUAG